UCCAACUAAAAACUAUUGCUCUAAAAGUAUAGAUGUGGAAAUGCAUCGCUCUUUCUUUGUCUCCAAUAAUUUUUUUAUUAGCAAUCGAAGUAUAUUUUAUUACUCAUAAUAAUAUACUUUACAACAGAUAGCUUUAUCUCCAAUAAAUUGCCCCCUUACCUUCUUUCUUUAUCCUCACCAUAACACUCUCUCCCUCUCUCUCUCUCAAAAACCCCAUGGCAGUCUUUCUCAAAGUUCUAGUCCUUGCUUGAGGGAGGUGAAUACACAGCCCAUCUCUCUCUCUCUCUCUCUCUCUCAUGAACACACAAUCCCACAUAACAGACACAAGUACAUGUAUUAGGCUAAUAGGGCUGUCUUUCUCAAACUUUAGACCUUAUUAUCAUACCUAAUCAUAAAAGGACUCCCUCUCACUCUCUCUCUCUCUCUCUCUCUAAACACAUUCACAAGAUAGAAAAGAAAUUGACAUAUGGAAAAUUAGUACAUCUCAAGUCUUUGAUAUUUCUUGCACAAAAAUGGAGAGUGUGGAACUAUUUCAAGAAACUGUACCCUGAUCCUUUGUUACACCAGUCUUUCUCAAUCUCUAAUCCCACUAACUUCAAAAACUAGGGUUAGUACACUCACAAAGGCAUAUAAAUGUAUCCCUCCAACAGUAAUGGCAACAAUAACAACUCCAUCUCUUACUCUCUUUUUGACAUCAACCCCAAUUCCAAACAAGAAGACCAUCCCUCUUCUUUGUUUCACUUGCCUUCUCCAUACAUACACUACGAAGACGACGUAGUUCUCCUCCAAAACCUCCAUGACCUUCUGCUUCAGCAGCAGCAGCUGCCGCCGACAACCAACGUUGAUGUCGAUGACAAUAAUACUGCUGCUAAAGUAGAAGCCAUGACUACUACUAACAUGGCAGAAUCAAGCAAGCAAUGUCACAGUGUGCUCCCGAGGAAGAGAACUUCCAAGAAAGAUCGCCACAGCAAGAUCAACACCGCCCAAGGCCCAAGAGACCGCAGAAUGAGACUGUCCCUUGAAGUUGCCCGCGAUUUCUUCAAUCUGCAAGACAUGCUGGGCUUCGACAAGGCUAGUAAGACCGUCGAAUGGUUGCUGACUAAAUCAAAAGCCGCGAUCAAAGAGCUCACCAGAAGCCUUCCUCACCACAUGAAACACAGCUGCAGUGUUGGUGGUGCAAACAGUGCAUCUUCUACUUCCGAGUGUGAAGUUGUAUCAGGAAUGGAUGAAUCCGCUGGCAUCGAUGGAAACCAGCCAAUGAGGACGGGUAAGGCGAAAACCUCAUCGGCAUCUUUAGCCGCAAAAGAGAAGAAAGCAAAAGCAUUGCGUAAGUCUGCAUUUAACCCACUUGCAAAAGAAUCAAGGGAAAAGGCGAGAGCGAGAGCAAGAGAGAGGACAAGAGACAAGCGAAGAUUCGGUGAAUCAGAACAACCUUUGGAAGCCAUGAAUCAUGACAUGAACCGAUUAGGGUCUUGGAGUCCCUUUGAAAAUGGUGAAGAAUCGGGCGUCAAUCCCCACCUUGAUGUGCUUGCUGAUGUUCAUGAAGAGCUGAGCUCAUCUAUGAUCUUCAACUAUGAUCCCCACAACAGUGGAAUCAAUUCUCAAGAGCAACAGUUCACAGGCUUUCAAGUUUACGGCAAGCCAUGGGAGGCCUACAUGUACAACAAUAUAAACCUAUGCUAACUAGAUUUUCACUUGUAUUGUAUCUUCUUUAAUAGGUUGCUUUGAGUGAAUUUCCAUGAUCUAUUUGGAAAAUGUAACAUAGAUAUGUAUCUAUUGGUUAAUUUGCAUGUUCUAUUGUGAACUAGUUUGUCAAUGAUUGUUAUGUAACUUUUAUUAAUGGAAACUUCUAUUUUUCUUGUUA